CAAAAGCUAGCUUGAAUACGAAAUAUUAUCGAAACGAUUAAACAGCUGUUGAUAACCUCAAACAAGACUUAGAAUUUUACCAAUUCUCAGCAAUGCUUGGUUAUAUUCUGAGGAGUUUUGGAGUGUCACAUUUACCUACUAAGGAUAAAAUUGGUGUGGUUGUUCACUGUGGAGACUGUGGUUCAAGCAACAGUGAUAUAACUGAGCCGUGCUCACCGCUUUCAACUACCAGUUUAGAAGAAAUGCCGCCAACACAGUCGCAGCCAGCGUGGAUAUGGGGAGGGACUGAGACCGGGGACCCGCCAUCGAAGAGGCCAAAGCAGGGAAAAAUAACAGAAUACUUCAAGACAAAAGCGAAGAAAGUUUCCGAAAAGCCCGCAUCAACUGUUAAACAGCUUAUCUCUAAAUUGUUGGCAUCGCCUCCCGCGACGCCAAAAGCCGGUUCCCUUCCGUACGACAGCAGCGAGGUAUUCAGGGAUAGUCUCACGCCAACGUCCGACAACAAACCUCUUACUCCGCCCACCACCUCCCCCGAGACAUCGUCGGACACCUCUCUACUAUCCGGUAGCAAAUCAGAAGUCGAGUAUGGGGAUAUUUCAUUCCUUUUCAAAAAAACAGAUCUAGAAGUUAAAGAUAAGGAGAGUGAAGAAAGGACCAUAAGGUUUCCCCUCAAGAACGUAUGGAGGGGCCAUUAUGUUUCCGAUUAUGUUUGCAAAUGGACCGAUUGUGAUGCCAAAUUUGCCACUGCCACUGCGCUUUCAGAACAUUUAGUGAUCAUACACGUCAACCCACAAAUCGGUAAUAAUUAUGUAUGUAAAUGGGAAAAUUGUAAGGUAUUCGGACGAACUAGUUGCUCUUUCAAUUGGCUCGAAAGACAUGUUUUAUCGCAUGGAGGUAACAAACGUUUCCGAUGUAUUGUAGACGAAUGCGGACAGCGUUUUAGUAGUCAGAGUUUGCUACAUAGGCAUGUAGAUAGCCAUUUUAAUGAUAAUAAAGAUCAGGGAAGCUCUAAGAAAGGUUGCGAAACAGCUACAAAAUUAAUUCGAAGGAACGGGAAGAAAUUAAGAUAUCGAAGCCAUCCCUUCUCUGCUCGAAUUUAUGACUAUUUUGAUGCUGGAAUCAUGGAAGGCCUUCAGCAUAAUCUUAUCGAAAUGACGGAGAGAAGAACAAAUGGACUUUAUGACUCAUGUCCAGGAGAUACGGUUACGCUUCACAGUAAGAUACUCUGCAAGAGAACCGUUGACAAUGGCCAGACCGAAGUGCUCCUGAGAUGGUUUCCUAGGGACAUCUUAAGCGAUGAAUGGGUCAGCUCAACGAAAGUGGAGAGGGUGAGAUACGUCAACAUCCCCACCCUUCCGUCAGAGAGCAAAGACUGCCUCUACAGUUACCUCACCAGUAAUCAGAGGCUGAGGAGAUCUCACGGGCGCAAGUACAAGCCGUUAACCACUGCCAGUUCAACAUGAUAUAACUUGGUAUAGAUCUGAGCCGUUACCUGUUUUCAUGUGGUGAUGAAGAGAGGCAGGAGGUUCAUGGUGAUGAUGAUUCAUCGAAUCUACCGUUUCCCUUAAAAUAGUCCAAAUCCAAAAACAAAGAUGUGAUCCGACGCAAUGCAUGAGUCCAAACCGAGCUAGAAUUUUAUGUUUGUUUAUAAUGACCUGAAAAAAAAAUUUAUAUUCUAAUAUUGAAGCAUUUCGGCAAUAUUAUUUCUUAAUAUUUUUACUUACAUUUGAAUAUUUGAAGAUGAAAAAUAACUGCAUAAAAGAAUAUGCAGGGUACAUGAUAUCCAGUGCUAAAGUAAUCCCAUUGGCGCACUGGUAAAAAUUGUGGGGUUCCAAUAUUAAGAAGGCCACUUGAUAAGAAAUCAGUAAACCGCUAUGGAGAAGAUGUCCUAGGCAGAAACCUGUAACCAAUCGAUUUAGAGUUUUUUCAAUUAAUCAAAGACAUAAUUUAGUAACUAUCAUUUCAGAAAGAUGCCUUGUAUAAUAGGGAUAUUCUCCAAAGCUUAAUAUUAUAAAUAACAAAUACACAGUAUGCUCUCUCUGAUCCAGGUGCUGGGAUAAAAUUCUUAUCGGCAGAUUUUAGGUGGGAUCGUUGCUUGGGCGCCAAAUUCAGAGUGUCAACUUUUUUAGAGUAUAAAUAUAAAAUUGAAAUAGUGCCUUUCGUUAAGCCUAUGUUACUAUAUCAAGACUAUAAAGUUUAUGUUGCUAAAACACAAAAUCGAAACUUUUGGCUUAUGUACAAAAUUAAAAUAAGGUGAAUAGUAUCAGCAUUAAUUGUCUCUUCAUACCAUUUACCAUUUUCAAACUGAUCCUUUCUACUGCCAAACUUCUAUUGAUUGUCAUUUAAGGGAUGUAGAGAAGUUUUGAUAUUUUUGGACUUUCUUACAUAUUACGAGGGACGACGUUAAUGAAACUGUUUCUUAUUAAGUGGGUAAAACUUCAUUGUUCUUCAUUUUGACUAUAAAAGAAUUUUAAAUUAUUAACAUAUCUGAAUUUUUUGAAGAAUUAUUGUUGGUAAUGACUCAAGUUGUAGUUUAUCAUAAAAAAAAAAUGUAAUUAAAAUAUAUUAUUCGUUUUAACUAAUAUUUUCAUGUCAAUUUUUUAUCUUAUAAUUUUUCAGAUACAACAAAUCUGUUUCAUCAAAUGACAAUUUGUUUUUCAGAAUUCAUGAUUUCUCAUAUAAAAUUUUAUUAAUUGUGGGUAAUGGUACAACUCUAUUUUAUAAAAUAAAAGCCAGUUUUUAUGUAAAUGUUUUGUCUUUUACUUUUUCAGACAUUACAAUACAAUUAAUAUUCAACAAGAAGUAUUGUGGUGGUAUCAAAUCAAAAUAAAAUUACUAUCUGUUUUAGCAAAUGGUAUUUUGUUUUUUUCAGAAUUUAAAAUUUCUCAUACGAAUCAUUAAUAAAUUUGAUUAUUCAUGGGUAAUGGUAAAACUGUAGUUUAAAAUGUUAUCAAAUAAUAAAAAUUAUUUUACAUACAUUUUUUGUUUUUCACUUUUUCAGACAUGACAAUAAAGUAAUGUAAUGUACAACAUGAAGUAUUGUGGUGUUGGUGGAUCAAAAUUAAAUGACUGUCUGUUUUAACAAAUGACAACUUUUUUUUCAGAAUUUACAAUUUCUCAUACAAAUCAUUAAUAAAUUUGAUUAUUUGUAGGUAAUGAUACUACUGUAUUUUAAACUUUUAUAAAAUAAAAAUUAUUUUUUGUCUUUCACUUUUUCAGACAUGACAAUAAAGUAAUAUUCUACAAGAAGUAUUAUGGUGGUGUCGAAUCAAAGUAAAAUGACUGUCUGUUUUAACAAAUGACAAUUUUUUUUUUCAGAAUUUCAAAUUUCUCUCACUAUUCUAAAAUAUUUAUAAAUAGGAUCAAUUUUGACCAAAUAAUAAAGGUUGGAAUUAAAUAUAAUUUAAACAUUUUAUGAAAUUAAAAACUAAUAUUUGUCAUACCAGUACUUUUGUCUUACUCUUUUUCAGAUUUAAAGUAAUAUUUAGAAUGAAGUAAUGUUAUUUUGAACAAAAUAGACUGACUGAUCUGUUUUAACAAAAGACUUUUUUUUUUACAGCGCUUAAAACUCGUCUUACAAAGUUGAUUAUAUAAGAAAUAAAUUUGAUUCAUAAACUGUGUCUACUUACUUCGCCUACCUUUUCUUCAAACUAAUUUAUGAAGUUAUUAAAGAGAUUAAUUUGUGAUUUUCUGUAUGUUGCAUUUUUUUCUCUUUCUCCUAUGAAAGGAUUAGAGAGAGACUACUGUAUAUCUGUUCAUGAUUUAUAUAUCAAUUAUUUUUAAUAUUAUGUUGUAUCAAGACUUGAACAAGGCGAAAUUUAAAUGAUUUUGAAAUACAAACCAUACAUUUUUCAUCUUCAUUUAUUAAGAAUACUAUUGAUUCGUGUAUAUUCUAAUCACGAUCACGUUAGAAUUAAAUUAUACCACAAAUUUUAAAUCAAUUCAAACCAAACCUUAAUUAAUUACUAUAAUUUAUUUUUUUGUCUUUUAAUAUAGGAAAUCCUUACGUAUUACAACUUGAUUUAAUAACUUUUAAAAAAAUUUGUAUUAAUACCAAUUAUAGAUAUCUUCUAAGGCUGAUAUUUUACGACUCUCUGAGUUUAAGAUUUCUAGAUCUAAAAUAAAUACACCAAUAGGUUUAGUACAUAUUUUGAAUUGAUAUUUUUUUGAAUUUCGGAAAAUAAAAGAAAAAAAAAUAUGAAUUCAAUCCAUGGCUAUUUCUGUUUUGUACAUUUACUAAUUUUCCAUCAGAUUAAGUUUUCAAGCUUAAAUAAAGUAAUGGCACAUGGGAAAUAAUGGUAUAAAGUAAGUAAAUAUAAAUAUUGUUUUUAACUUUCAGAAAAUUUGUGCCUAUACCGAUUUUACAUUUGAAACCUUGAUGGGAGUCUUAGGUUAAUUAUAGGUUAUUAAUAUACACUCAAACUGUGUUUUUUUUGUUUUUUUUAUUGUGUUGUACAUAUACCUGCCGCUCCGACUUUGAGGUAAAAGCUACCAGAAUGUCUGCCUUUGCUGAAGCAAUAAUGGUGUGGAAGAACCAAGUCUGGCUCGCUCAGAGAAUUCCAAUUGACUGAGCCUCGGCCGACACUGCUUCUUCUAGACGAGGACUCAGAUUUCGCUGUACAGAGUAUUUAAAUCAAUAUGACAUGCACAGCAACACAGCCGGAAGACGAAGAAGCACCACGAUCUCUGCUCCAAUUUAAUUUAAUUUUGAAAGACUAAUAUUUUAAAUAUAAUUGUAGUUUGGACUAGAAAUUGUUUAUAUUAUUAUUAUAAGUAAUUAUUGAUGGUGUAGAAUGUAAGAGAAAUGAUAUUGAUCGGUAGAGUAUUAUAAAUUAGAAGAUAGCUGCUUAUUUUAUUUAAUGUAAAUUGUUUAUGAUAUGAUAAAUAUGUGAGCAUUAAUUUUUUUUUUACCAAUUAUUUUCAUAAUUAUUAAUUGUAUUAUAUUAAUUAAUUAUUUGAUGAUUAAUUUUCAUAUAGUUUAAGCUCGUUUUAAAGGAAUUGACCUAUUCUACACCAUUAAUAUGGCAAUUCGAUCUUUAUUGUUUUAAGAAUAGUCAACGUUUAGUAUAGCAAUAAGUUUUUUAAAUUGUAAUAAUGAAUUUUGUUAUACAAUGUUUGAAUACAAAAUAUAAAAAAAUACAAUCAAUAACGUCAAUAUUCAUGUAAAUCUUUUCUUCCACACCCUGGUCUAAAAAUGAUAAAGUAAAAACAUACUUUUUAGGUUUAUUUUAGGACAUAAUAAAAAUCACUAGCUCUUCCAUAAUACAAUUGAAGAGUUUGGCUGACUAACAUUUUGUUGCAAUUUUGCGUAAUUGAGUUUUUAACUAAAUUAUUUUCUAAGUAAUUUUUGUUAAUUGUUCUUAAAAUAAAGUCAUAAUUGCUAUUACCUUAAGAGAUUGAAAGAGUAAUGUUAAUUUCAAAUAAAAAGUCAUUUUUGAUCAGUUUUAUGAUCUGUAUAUUUAAAAAAUAAUUAUGUGACAAUGUUUGUUGCAUUGAAUAAUAUCAAAUGCUCUACAUAAUUUUUUUAUGAUUGGCAAGACUUAAAUUCAGUCCUGCUUGGUUAGUUCGCAUUUGAUAUGAAUAUAUGGUUUUAAUUUAUUCCUGGAAUAAGGAAUAAAAUCAUUGUUUUAAGAAAUAUUCAUAUUGAUUUAUUUGAGUUUCAAUCACUCUGUCAUUUAUGCUGAAGUAUCUUUAGUCACUUGUUUUUUAUUUUAUGUUUAUAAGAAAUAAGUUAUUCAUUUUCUAAAUUCAUUUAAAUUAUAAAUCGAUCUUUUCAAAAUUUAUAAUAAAUCCAAAUUCAACAAACAUUGUGUUUGAUUUGUAGAACUGAUAUUCUAGUUUAUCCAUCUAAUUUAGUCUUAUUUAAUUGAAAACUAAAUUCACAGUUGGUGAAGAAUUUUAUUAUAGGCAUUUGACAGAAGUGAACCAAUUUAUAUCGCACAUGUUUUGACUAAAUUCAAAAGUUAAAUGGCCUAAGAAAAUCUUUAAGCUUUCAAAAUUAUUAUUUCUUCACAACACUAAUUGUAUACUACUUUUAUCCAUUCCAAAAUAUUGCUAUUAUAUCAAUAGAUUUAUCUAAAAUUAAAUUUGUGAUUGUUGUUUUAUUCCAUUUCUUCCAUUUUGUUUCAACUUUCCAUCGAAGAUAUCUGAACUAAAAAAUAGUUCUUUUCUGUUGAAUAUAGUAAGAACUAAUCCCAUCUAAACAAUUCUAAAUCCUUUUUGUAUAUUUUUUGAACGAGUUCACUACUAACUGAUGUCCAUUUAUAGUUUGAAAACGAACUUCAAAUGGUAGCUCAUUAGAAUACUUAAAAACUGUACAAUAUAAUUAUUAAGAUAUAUUGUAAUAAAAGGUAAUUAUAAUAUUUAGGAACAAAAACAUAUCCGAAUUUUAAAUUAAGUGUGCAUUUAUUAUUUCUAAAAUUGCUGUCCUAUUUCUAGUUUGUAAUUUCUUUCUAGACCAGAUUAUUGCAUAGAAACAACAAUUUCAAUUUGAUUUAAUCAAUAUUUUCCAGUGAUCUCUAUGUUGUAUUGCGCAAUUUUUUUUCAGUUCAAUUUUAUUGAAAAUUCAAUAUAAAAACAUUAUUAUUAUAAUUAUUUAAAAAGAAUCUCACAACAACAUGAUAUUUCAUAUAUUGCAAUAAUAAAAACAAAUAUAUUAGUACAGUUUAAAUAAAUAUUGUUGAUUUACAUUGAAUUAUUUCAAUUUAUAAUAAUAAAUAUAACACCAUUAAUAGAUUUAUGAACUAAAUUACAUUAAUUUUUUUACUGAUUUUUUACCGAAACAGGCCUACAAUGAUCACUUAAACAUCAUUUUAUAUAGAUAGUUUCUAUCUUUUUCUUUCAGAAAGAGUAAUUACAAUUAUAAAAAAAAAAACUCCAAAGUUAAAUUCUGGCUCCACAACUGCCUGUAUAAUAUUAAUAUAAAUAUAUAUAAAUUUAAGGAAGAUCCUUUUAGAGCACUAGUUUUAGCAGAAAAAUGUUUUGAACUCAACAGUAAUAAUUGAUUUCUUCCAUUUAAUUUACUGUCAUCAAUUUAGUACCAUAUUUAAAAUAGAUUAAGAUGGUGUUUAUAUGAUGUGGCAGCUUUUUAAAAUUAUUAAAGGAGGAAGGUUAGAUUUAGGAUUUUUUAAAGUAUAACCUUUCAGCCUUAUGCUUAACCUACAAGGGUCUUUUUAAAAUUGUUUAUAAAUAUAUAUAAUUAUAUUUUUUUAAGCUAAAUUUUUCAUUAUCCAUCCUUCAAACAAAUUAAAAUGUAUUCAAACAUACUUACACUUUUCACUCUGUUAUUUUGUUAGUAUACAUAUGCAUUUAUUAAAUUAGGAUAUUUUAUACUCGAGGGCAUUAACAAAAUGUCCAAAAAUUGGAGUUUUCUGUGAAAAUUUCAAUUAUUAUAAUUAUUUUUUGUUUGAUAUAUUGUUUAUUUGUUGAUAGUAUAAUAGAAAUUGAUAGUUAUUUAAAUCAAUUGAUUUCGAUGUAUCAAAAUGGUAUAUCAUCAAAGGCAAACAAUGUAUUAUAGCUAAUGUAAUUUUUAUAUUUCUUGUAAAACCAUUCUAUUUUAUAUUCAUGAAAAAUUACUGAAGUACAAUUAUGCUGUAAAGUGAUAAUAGAUAUAUGACUUUGUACUUCUAUACUUAAUAAUAUAAAAAUUCGAACUUGAUAU